AGGACGAAGAAGAGAGAAACAUCAAGUCAUUCACUUACUUUAGCAAGCAAAUCCCUAAACCCCACAACUCUUUCACAAAGCAAGAAAGAUUUUAGCAAGGAAAAAAAAAAUGAAAGCUUUAGAAGAAUCAAAAGUCUCUAUUGUUUUGUGGCUUCUUUGCUUCUCAGUCUUCUUCACUUCCAGUCUCCAGGAAAAUGAGCUGACAACAGCAUCUAAAGAAGAAGGAGAGAUGAGGAUGGUGCCAUUAAUGGAGGAGAAGUAUAUGGUGAUGAAUGAAACAAGAAGGAAGCUUGGGAGUUUCCAGAUAUGUUCAGUUUGUACUUGUUGUGGAGGUGCUAAAGGUGCUUGCUUGCCUUUACCUUGUUGCUUUGCAAUUAACUGCAACAUCCCUAAUAGACCCUUUGGUUAUUGCUCCUUCACUCCCAAAUCAUGCAAUUGCUUUGGUUGCCACAUCUGA